GCAUCCGCCAUCUAUCCCGACCCAAUUAAAAGACCAAGAGGAGGCGACCGGUUCGAAACAAGUCUUAUCGAUCGGCGGCUGUGACCUGACUCAAUCCGUCCCUGCCAUGGCGGACGAGUCAUCGGAGCCCCAACCCUUCCGCCUCUUCUCCUCCUCUGCCCGGAAGCCCAAACCCCCGCCACCAACCCUCCGUCCCCAUCGCUCGGAUCCCACCUGCAGCAACAUCGAUCGCGGCGACGCCGAGGCCGACGGCAAUGACUCCUUCGCUGAUCUCGGACUCUCCCAAUGGGCCAUCGACACCUGCCGCGAGCUCCGCAUGGAGCGCCCCACCCCCGUGCAGAGCCGCUGCAUCCCUCGGAUCCUUGCAGGCGACGAUGUGCUCGGCAUCGCCCAGACUGGCAGCGGCAAGACCGCAGCCUUUGCACUCCCCAUCCUCCACCGCCUCGCCGAGGACCCCUACGGCGUCUUCGCCCUCGUAGUCACACCCACCCGGGAGCUUGCCUGCCAACUCGCCGAGCAGUUCCGGGCGUUGGGUUCGUCGCUCAACGUCCGGUGCACGCUCAUCGUGGGGGGCAUGAACAUGCUCGGUCAGGCACGGGCGCUCGCACAGCGGCCACAUGUUGUAGUUGCGACCCCAGGGCGGAUCAAGACCCUUCUCGAGGAAGACCCUGAUAUACCUGCAGUUUUUUCAAAGACCAAGUUUCUAGUUCUCGAUGAGGCAGACAGGGUUUUGGAUGUCGGCUUCGAGGAGGAACUGCGAGUAAUAUUUAAAUGUUUGCCCAAGAGCCGUCAAACUCUUUUGUUUUCUGCUACGAUGACAGAUGAGUUGCGCGCCUUGCUUGAGAUUUCCCAAAACAGGUCUUACUUUUAUGAGGCAUAUGAGGGGUUUAAGACAGUUGAUUCUUUGGAACAAAAAUUCAUCUUUAUCCCAAAGAAUGUGAAGGAUCUUUAUCUGUUUCACAUUUUGUCAAAUCUGGAGGAAAAAAAUAUCCGUUCAGUGAUAGUAUUUGUUUCCACUUGCAGAAAUUGUCACCUUCUGAGUUUGCUCUUAGAAGAACUUGAUCAGGCUGCGGUAGCUCUGCAUUCUCACAAGUCUCAGUCUUUAAGACUUUCUGCAUUGAACCGGUUCAAAUCUGGUCAAGUUUCUAUUUUAGUUGCCACUGAUGUCGCUAGCCGUGGUUUGGAUAUUCCAACAGUUGAUCUUGUUAUCAACUAUGACGUUCCCAGGUAUGCGCGGGACUAUGUUCACCGUGUCGGACGAACUGCAAGAGCUGGCAGAGGGGGACUAUCUAUAAGUUUUGUCACACAGAAUGAUGUGGAUCUUAUUCAUGAGAUAGAGGCUAUUAUUGGAAAACAGUUAACAGAGUAUGAAUGUGAAGAGAAGACAGUUCUUGAAGAUAUUACUAAGGUGUACAAGGCUAGACGAGUGGCAAUUAUGAAGAUGAUAGAUGAUGGGUUUGAAGAGAAAGCACAAGCCAGAAAAAAGCAGAAGCUUAAGACAUUAACAGAAAAAGGGUUGCUAAAAAAGCGGAAACGAUAGUCGGAUGAAGUUUUAAGAUUUUUUUUCUCGGGUGUUUUCUCGGGUGAGGUAGUUACAAGAAAAUCAAGAAAGUGGCUAAUGAAACGUGGAGUCAAUUUAGCAACUGGAAACCUCGUUCAUCCCAAGUCUGAUGGCUUUGGAAGAAGCUUGGAGCAUGGUGGAGGAAGCGAAGCGAAAGCACUGUGUCCCACAAUUGCAAAUUUUUGCUCAAUUUGGCUUAUGCUGCAAAAUGCAAGCAAAAAUAUUUUGUUUAACUAGUCGAAUGCUCUAAUAGUAAUUUAUUUACUGCUGAGCAUAAAUCUCAAUCAAAACAAUUCAUCUUCACAUUUUCCAACUCAA